GCUCGGUGACCUAAGGCCUUUCCCACCUGUGCUCCUGACCGUAAGAUUCAGAGUUGGGAUUUAGGGGUCUGGAGCUUCAGCUUUCUCACCAUACCACGCUCCGAACCUGUUAUUUCAUCUCUCAAAUGGGCGUGGAUAAGAUCAGGAAGGAAGCGUGAUGGCCAAGAACAGGCGAACAGGGCCCGAGCCCCAGGGCCCUCAACACUCAGUGAAGGAAUCAGCAGCCAGAGGAGGAAGAGGACACCCUGGUCCCCACCCCUACAAGACAGCGGAACUGUGAACAGAAGAGGCCUCUGAACAGAAGAGCUAUGUCUGACUCCCUGGUGGUGUGCGAGGUGGACCCCGAGCUAAAGGAGAAGCUGAGGAAGUUCCGCUUCCGAAAGGAGACAGACAAUGCGGCCAUUAUCAUGAAGGUGGACAAGGACCGGCAGAUGGUGGUAUUGGAGGAAGAAUUCCAGAACAUUUCUCCAGAGGAGCUGAAACUGGAGUUGCCUGAGAGACAGCCCAGGUUCGUGGUUUACAGCUACAAGUACGUGCACGGGGACGGCCGCGUGUCCUACCCCUUGUGCUUCAUUUUCUCCAGCCCUGUGGGUUGCAAGCCCGAGCAGCAGAUGAUGUACGCCGGCAGUAAGAACCGGCUCGUGCAGACCGCGGAGCUCACCAAGGUGUUUGAAAUCCGCACCACCGAGGACCUCACGGAGACCUGGCUUCAAGAGAAGUUGUCUUUCUUUCGCUGACCUCUGGGCUGGGGAGCGGAGCUCCGGCUAUCUGAGCCCCCCCUUCCCCCUCUCCCCCUCCGAGAGUCGGGGACGCAGACCUCUGCCUUUGUAAGACCCUGAAGAAAUUAAACGUGCCUCUGAGCGCCUCGGUGCAGGCGUUGGCUCGGAA